AGGAAGCUGCUGCUGUGGCAGAAGGCUGUUAUAGCAGGUGAUCGCCCCUUAUUUGGUAAUGCCCCAGAUCAUGUGACCACAAAAUGGUGGAAGCUGUGAAGCUGUUUGUAAGCUGAGCAUCUCCACCGAGAAGCUGGGAGCAGGAAAUAGGCAGGGAACUUGGAUGUACAUCCAUGCUCUGAGACGCCCAAGGACAGAGAUUCCCGUGCCCCAGCAGCGCCAGCAGACAGGAAGCGAGAGUGAGGGAGGGGCUGCUGUCAUCAGCACUGCUGUUCUGUGGAAGUGGAUGCAAAACAGCUCAGCAUCCUCCAUGGAGGGAGCAGAUAACAGCUGAUGCUUGUCCUCCUGGGGAUGGACCUGGCAUCAGAGAGCAAAAUGAACUCUGAGGGGGGCGAAGGCAGACCAGUCCCUCCUACCUCUCUACCCCUGCAAGGAGGUGCCACCCAAAGAAAAAAGCUAUCUGCACCUCGUAUCAGCCUGUCACUGGACCAAAGCGAGGAUGACUUGGGGGAGACGCCCGACGACCUCGACAUUGACGUGGAUGACCUCGACACUCCAGACGAGGGGGAUUACCUGGACUACACGGACCAUGAAAUGGACUGGGAAGACCCCAAUGCAGCCAAUAGGAGCGGGACAAGUGAGCCUUAUGAUCCAAUCCCAACGUACAGCGCUGAGGAGGAACGCCAGGAUGGCAAACUAUGGAGGACGGUCAUCAUCGGGGAGCAGGAGCACCGCAUCAACAUGAAGAUCAUUGAACCCUACAUGAGAGUCAUCUCCCACGGAGGCUACUAUGGCAACGGGGGAAAUGCCAUCAUAGUGUUCGCAGCCUGUUUCCUGCCAGACAGCGACAGAGAGGACUACCAUGAAAUAAUGGAGAACCUCUUCCUGUAUGUGAUCAGCACGCUGGAGCUGAUGGUAGCAGAGGAUUACAUGAUCGUGUACCUGAACGGAGCCACGCCCCACAGAAGAAUGCCCGGCCUUGGCUGGCUGAAGAAAUGCUAUCAGAUGAUUGACAGAAGGCUCAGGAAGAAUUUGAAAUCCUUCAUUAUUCUCCAUCCGUCAUGGUUUAUCAGGACCGUUCUAGCCAUUACCAAGCCCUUCAUUAGCGCCAAGUUCAGCAGCAAGAUAAAGUAUGUGACCAGUCUGGAUGAGCUGCAGGAACUCAUCCCCAUGGAAUCCAUCCAGAUCCCAGAGUGCAUCAUUAGACUUGACAAGGAACUGAAGGAAGCAGCGGAGAACUCAAAAAUGAAUAGUUUUCUGCUGGGACCAGAGCCAACAGCAGCAGGCAGAACAGACAGACCAGACGAAGCCGGUGCCAGCAGCUCUUAAACCCAAACAUCCUAAAUGGAGAUGGGUCACCUCAAUGUUCAGAAGUCGCUGUUGUAAUUCAUGGGUAAAGCUGGAAAACAAAGGCUUGUUAAGCUUGUGUGUGUGUGUGUGUGUGCGUGUCAGUGUUUGUCAAUUAGACACUGGAGUUUAAUAUGAAAAACACAACUUACAAUAAUACCUGUUAACACUCAAGAGUUAGAUCUCAUUCUUUAUGGCUGCUGUAGCAUCUACUGUACCUUACACCUGCAGUCCAGAGAGCUAUAGUCAAGUGUGAUGCUUGGCAGCACUUACAGAGUAGCAUCAUUGUUCACGGUAGGGUAGGAAAUGCAAUUACACACCAGACAGCGCACUGCGCAAAUCCAUUUGUAGAGUCUAUAGUGUUGUAGUUGUGUGCAUGAGAAGCAGUGAAGCAAUAAUAUCACCCUUUACUGGUCACACGCUCUCAGUAUUUCAGAUAAAGAAGCAACUUGUGUGUCAGCAGUCUCAAUAAAAGCACAAGGUUUUUGCCAAAAAAAAAAAAUCCUUGUGCCAUAGAUGAUGUCCAGUCCUCUGUCUUAGUACUUCUAAACCUGGAAAAUACAUCUUCAGAUAGAUACUUUAACUUUAUAGAGUUUAUCUCAACCCAAGGAGGAAUUAUUUAAAUAUAAAUCAAGUUAUCAGUGCAAUGAGAGAGCAUGUCUUUUUCGCUCUGCAAAUGUGUGUGAGCGAGCGUGUGUGUGUGUGUGUGUGUGUGUGUGUGUGUGUUUUCAGUCUGUUUCUGUCAAAUAGUUCAACAUUAACUGGAAUCAUCUCUUCAGCUUCUCCUGGAUAAUCAGGAACAAACCUCAAGAAAGUAAAGAUGGGAUAUCUGUAAAGCACAAUAUCUUCAGUGUGUGUGUGUGUGGAUGUGUGUGUAUGCGUGUGUCCAAACGCAUGUGUGUGUGUGUGUGUGUGUGUUUGUGCAUCGGUGCAUGUCCCCUCAUAGAUAACUGAUGGUCCUCUCACACGUCGAGUCUUCUACUGUGAUGUAUUGAGGAUGUGCAAAGCAAUUAUGGAUCACUGUCUAGUAAUUCAAUAAAAAUGGACUGAAGUCUGAACGUU